CAAACAAGAGAAACUGGUCAAUGGCCAAAAGAUCAAUUCUCAUUAUGGUAGAAUAAUAGAGAGUACAUUUAUUUAUUUAUUUAUUUUCUCUGUGUAUUUGUAACAAAAAAAAAUAUAAAUAUAUAAAAAUUUAUACACAUAUAUACAUGUAUACACAUAUAUUAUACAUUAUUUUUUAUUAUUAUUAUCAAGUCCAUAAAUACUAUAUAUGUAUUUUUUUUUUCUUGAUUCAUUUAUGCGGAUAUAUACAUCUGCUAAAGUACUGUAUAUUUUCCUCGAUUUAUGUAAAUAUAAUUUUUUUUUUUUUUUUUUUUUUU